GGUGUUAUUAAAACGCGUUAGUGCUUUCAGCUGGCGUCUCUGAAUUUAAGCAAUUGAAAAGAGUUUAACUAUUGGAAAUCAAUUAUGGGCGUGGAAAUGGACACCAAGGAGGCGGUAGUGGAGCUCACGGAGGCGGAGAACGAACUGUACGACAGACAAAUCCGCCUGUGGGGCCUGGAAUCGCAGAAGCGCCUGCGCACGGCCAAGAUCCUAAUUGCAGGACUGUGUGGCCUUGGUGCCGAAAUAACCAAGAACAUCAUUCUGUCUGGUGUUAACUCUGUAAAGCUGUUGGAUGAUAAGUCCGUAACCGAAGCGGACUUUUGUUCGCAGUUCCUGGCAGCACGUGAAUCCCUGAACACCAAUCGCGCCGAAGCCUCCUUGGUGCGCGCACGUGCUCUUAAUCCGAUGGUGGACAUCUCCGCCGACAGAGAACCAUUGAAGGAGAAGACCGCGGAGUUCUUUGGCCAGUUCGACGUGGUGGUGGUCAAUGGCGAGACCAACGAGGAACUGUUGCGCAUCGACACCAUUUGCCGGGAGUUGGGCGUUAAGUUCAUAGCCACCGAUGUUUGGGGCACCUUUGGCUUCUACUUUGCCAGUCUCCAGAAGCACAGCUACGUUGAGGAUGUAAUCAAACACAAGUUGGUUUCCGACCCGGAUAAGAAAAAAAAGUACGAAACUGUGUCCAUUCCAACACAACGCGAAGUGGAUUACCCCGGCUAUUCGGCCUGGCUGGAUUUCGAUAUUACAGCGCCUAGUUAUCUGCGCAAGUUAAAACGCAACGGACCCGGAGUUUUGCUAUUGAGCGUUUUGCAGAAGUUCCGUACCACCCACCAGCGAGAUCCCAGUUACAAGACCCGAGCGGCGGAUCUGGAACUGCUUCGCGGGAUUCGCGACGAACUACUGCCAAACUCUGACCUAACAGACGAAGCUCUGGGCGUGAUCUUUGCCCAGAUUUCGCCAGCCGUGGCGGUAGUGGGCGGCGUUGUGGCCCAAGAGGUCAUCAAGGUGGUUACCAAAAUGGAGGCGCCGCACCGCAAUCUCUUCGUAUUCGACCCCGAGACUUGUGCUGGAUAUUUUGAGACCAUUGAGGCCAAGUGAAGCAGACUUAAUAACUGCAUCUAUUAAAAAUCUGAAUUUCAAAUAA